GGCGCGGAUGUGACGCACGCAGGUCGCGCGGCGAGGAGCAGUGCGGAGCGGCACGCUGUUAAGUGCUGUGCUGCUGGGGACAUGCGGGGAACAUGACUGAGGACGGGUUCGCGCGCGCGGUGCUUACGAGCGGCCUCGUCGAGUCUAGCUUGAUGGUGCAGCAGCCAGUGACCCAAGGAAAGACCCCCAUCCAGAUCCUCCACGAGUAUGGCAUCAAAACAGGGACAGUACCAGCGUAUACAAUGGAGAAGGCCGAAGGAGAAGCACACCAGCCCAACUUUGUCUUUAAUGUCGCUGUAGGACAUAUCUCUUGCACAGGUCAAGGGCCGACGAAAAAGGCGGCAAAACACCAAGCUGCGGAAGCUGCUUUGAAGGUUUUACAAACGGAGUCGGGGAAGAGCCUCCAUACAGUGAAGGUGGAGGACGAUGGUGUCUCGCCAGAGCCGGUGGAGCAGUCCAACCCCGUAGGGAUUUUGCAAGAGCUUGCGUUGCAGAAUGGGUGGCGCCGUCCCGAAUACUCGGUUUGCAUGGAAGUUGGACCACCUCACCAAAGAGAGUUUACUGUGACCUGUCGUGUAGAGUCCUUGUUGGAGACCGGAAAUGGAAGUUCAAAAAAGAUGGCAAAGAGGACUGCUGCAGAAAAGAUGACAGCGAAGCUUCACAGCCUCUCGGGCUACCCCGACAUGCUCUGGGCAAAGCCCCGUAUCAGGCUGGAUUGCUUGAGAAGCUGCACGGGUGAAAAGAUCUCAAUGCUGAGGAGGAAUCCCCUCAGCAUUCCCAACACAGACUAUGUGCAAAUGAUGCUGGAGCUGUCCCAGGAGCAGGGGUUCGAGGUCACCUACUUUGACAUCGAGGAGCUGACGGUGAGCGGGCAGUACCAGUGUCUGGCGGAGCUGUCCACAUCCCCGGUGGCUGUGUGCCACGGCACCGGAAUCACUUGCAGCAACGCGCACAACGACGCGGCCCACAGCGCGCUGCAGUACGUCAAAAUCAUGGCCUCCAAGAAGAGUUCCUGAAGUGAGUUGUGCUGCGAUCGUUACAGCCGGAAUUCUUCACAGGAACGGGGUGUCAAGAUCAGCGUGUGUUCCUGGCACCGCAUCCUUUUUAAAUAAAACCCGAAAAUCAGUUGCACGUAGAAGUUCGACCCAUAUCGUAUUUAUGUCAUAUUGUAAACAUAACUAGUGGGCAUCUGCAUUUCUACUCAGAAGUUCAAGCAAUAUUUAUUAGAUGAAUUUUUUUUUAAAGAAAUUGCUUUUUGCGUUUUAACGUGUUGCACAGUUCACUGGACCUGUAAAGUGGCCGACGUGUAUUGAGAUUCAUGGUGCGGGUGUGUGAUCUCAUGCUAAUGUAUAACUAAUAUUUUUUAACUGUUCUUCACAAGGGCCCUCGUGAAGCUACGUCACUUUUUAGUGACAAGUCCCUCAGUCUUAACAGACUAAUCUUAGUUUUCCAUUAGAGAGACCUACAUACCAAUUUUGGCGAAACUGUCUUAUUCCGAGGCUGUGCCUGUUCCAGCUUCUUAAAAACUAGGUGAAGGUCACCAGCACAAAGAGUCUUUGAUCAAAUACUAACAUCUAAAAUUGGCUCUAUAAUAUGUGCUUCUUACAUUAUGCCAACUUACUGUCGGCAUAAAACAAAGAUGAGCAAGGUUUUUGCUUCUUUUAAUCUUGAAAAUUAGUCUCUCGGGGCCUCAUUAUUUUUGCACCUGCAAAUGUACCGCAACAGAUGAGGUUGUUUGUAGUGCUGCAGUUGUGGUGAGAAACUGCAGCGCUCAACUUAGAAGCAAGAAUAGCAUCAACAGGAGGGCACGUGCAUGCCGUAGACAAGGUGAUCAACGCUUUACGUACUUAUUUACUGGGACUUUGACUACAGGUAGGUCUGUGCUUAAAGCGGUGGUGUGUAAAGGAGCAAAAAGUGCAGCGAUGACCUGUUUCAGCACUUUUUGUUCCUUUACUUGGUGUCUGGCAUUUGAAUCAGAAGUGGUCACAUUGAAAUACCAUGGUGAUAAAAAUGAUCUACCCAAGCAGUGCUUUUGAUGAAGUUUAACUUGUGUAAAAAAAAAAAGAGAAACCUCAUAUAUACGAGAAGCAUUAGAUGCGACUAUCUUCAUCAGGUAGCUUUGAGGAAGGAAGUUUGCAUGUGUAGUCAUUGUGGGUCAGUGCAUUAUCAGCAAUAAGCCUUGGGAUCCAGCCUUACCUUCAGCUGUUACUUGUUACCGUUUUCUUCUGUAUGGGAAUAUUUUUGUACUAUGUGAAGAUUGUUUUGAUAUUUUUCCUGUAAAGAGCCUCUGAUACAGUUGGUGCAUUAAUGGACUCUGCUUCUUGUCAAGUUACACAAGUCUUUGUUCCUUACACAUUUAAAUAUUUGCUUAAAUCAGAGAAUGCAACAGUUGCCAGUAAAACUCUUGUGUCAUCUUGCUGCGAGGUUGGCAAUGAAGACCAGCUGGGCCGUUUUUUUGUUUUAUUAGAACAAGCACUAUAUAGCAGCAGUGUACAGUGUUCAUGAAAAGAUAUGUAAGUAUACAAUUGCACUUCUUCAGAAGGAACCCAUCAGAAAGUGGAUUUACUUGACUAAGCUGAGAGCCCUACACAGCAUCAGGUGGAAAUUUUUAUAUUUAAAAAUGAAAAAGGAAAUCCUAACCAUCCUUAUGUAAGGCAUUCACAACAUUCAUUGGCAGGCUUUUUCCCUUUGCACAUGCAAUUAACAUGGAAACAGAUGGAUUACCCAGAGGUCCAAGUGGUUUCUGUGCAAUAUUGUCAUGGAGCGUGAAUGUGGCGGGAUCCUUUGCGCUUUCCUCCUUUCACCUCCCACUCCAUUACGCUUCCGCUGUGGGAGAAGCGCAGCACUACGACAACGUGACGAAACGACAGCUCGCGUGUAGGUUUCAAGUCUUCUGUUCUUCCAGCAGCGGUGGAAUGCCAGUAGGUGAGGGGUGGCUCGAAAAAUGCUCUACCUGCAGUUAUGACCACAUGGUACACUUCCCAGUUCUU